AUGACGCACAGUUCGGGCCUGCUGCGUCUUCCCAACGAGUUGAUCAUCCAGAUUGCCAAGUUAUUCCUACAGGAUAUUGAUCCAUUCGAAAAACAGAACGAAGCACCGACCACACCAUUGCGCAACCUUUGCUUGACCUCCCGGCACCUGUUCGCCAUCGCGCAGCCGGUGCUCGUUUCUUACAUUACCCUUGAAGAUGUGUAUUCAACCAUCCUGUUCAUAAGAACAUUGAAGGAGAAACAGCACCUCCGCAACUACGUCAUCGAUGUCAAUGUGAGAUAUAAUCUCCUUUACACAGCCUCCGAAACGCUCUUGGGCUCAUUCACAAGAGACAUCGAGGCCUGGAAGACCCUCGACGCCAGCACAAGAAAGUCCCAAGACGAACGCAGGGUUCUCGAGCAAAUAAAAAAGACAACGAGUCGCCAUGCCGGCCACGAAGCCUGCACCUUCGGAUUAUGGUCAGGGUCUACCGAAGGACACGCUACGUCUAGCCCAGACAUCUGCACCUGCAACCUGUGCCGUUGUAACAUUACUCAACUCGGACGACUGGAUCCUAUUGAGUUCAACAAAAGGUAUUCGGCUCUGCACGUUGCCUAUGCCAUGCUUUUCUGCAUGUUGCCUAAUGUGCGGAGAUUGAAAUUCUUGGCCCACGAAGACUACUCCCGGGAUCCCGACGGUUUCGGCGAAACCUUCCUCAAUGAGAUAAUGGCCAACCUUCUUAAGAAUAGCGAUACGAGAUCGUUAGUUCUCCCAAGACUCAAAAUCGCGGCUUUCACCUCAGACAGAACGGACGGGUUUCGACGUGCCUUGCGGAGCGCCUUCUUCCUUCCUUCGCUUCUUACAUUGCGUUCGCUGAGGCAGCUUGUUGGGGGCCUCGACGUCAAUCCUGGCGCGGUAGGAGUUCGUUCGGACGAACACACCUUUGUACACAUGGUUAUGUCGUGCGAGAGUAUCGACGUUACAGAAAACCUGCUUCAAUGCUUCUCCGGAAUGAAACAUUUGGACAUUUCGGGCGUCUAUUGUCGAGGUGACAACAUUGAAUUCUAUGCCAACACAUUCUUCGAUGCUCUUUCUACCAAUUGCCCCGUUCUGGAAAGUUUGACAUUGCGAGACAGCGAGUUCGAAUACAGCUGGCUUGACAUGACAGAAUGUCUCUCCAGUCCAUUACGGCUACCCAAGCUCAAGCACUUGAAGCUCUUCUCAAAUUGGGUUGACGAGAUACUUAUCAUCCCUCCAUACUCUGACCCGUACGACUUGGGGAACAUGCUGCCUUCCAGCAUCGAGUAUUUCAGCUUUUGUGACGACCGGGAGCGGUACACGGAGCCUCAAAACAUCUUGGUCCAGCCACCCUCAACAGCAACACAGCUGGGCACGGAGUUAGCAACAUCGUUACGACGCCCUUAUACCACUUUCGCCGCUGCGACCUGGCUUAGCGUGGCAUCGGCCAUUCGGGAUGGGCGUUUGAGUAAUUUGAAAUGCGGUUACUUCGUCAGGCGGGACUUUGGCAUUUUACCUGCUCAGAUUGACGAGGUUAUGAACAGUGGGAUGAGGGCGAGGAACCGCAUCCGUUGUCGUAGGCUUCUGGUAUUGGCGCCGCGGAAGACCGUCUUCUGCCUCGAGCACUUCCUCCAAGCAUCAGGACAGAUACACGCCAGUCUCAUCAAGUACCGAGCAAGCGCCCUUACAGAAGUUAGCGAAGCGCCAAGACGUAUCGUCAAGCGAUGCCACGCCAGCUCCGGACGUGUCAGCAAGCGAGGCCCGCCAGCACCGCCGAGGAGGGUCCAGCCGCGACGAGCUGUGAGGGGCAGAGCCCCUGCCCCUGAGACGCAGGAACCGAUAUGCUGCCCCACUGCAGUCCACGACCGCGUCGAUGCUGCGUCGAUGCAAUCUCGCGAGGAGACGGGCUGGAAGGUUCGCGGGCUUCGUCAGAAUGGCGUCCCCACGAUUACGAGCUGCGCAUCACCGAAGGCCGUCGUCCAGGAGCUGAGAAGAGCAUUGGGACACCUUCGCGCGAGGAGGAGGAACAGCGGCAACGUCGGAACAUGCACUUUCGGCGCGGGAGCAUGGAUAUGUGUCUUUUGCGAUGCCCAGCAACAGGCAUGGCGGGCGUCACAGGAGAUGGAUGUCACGUCAACGAAGCUCGCCUGCCCGGAGCCAGCUCUCGUGGCAGACAUGGGUUGUCAGGAGAUGGCGACGCAGACGGCCAGGAUGGUUCGGCCUGUGAGACCACGGCAAGGCAAAAUAGACGAGCAACGCGUGGUGGCGAUCGGUCCACUGCGCUUCGUAGUGGACAUUUGCGAUGGGGAAGCCAAGACGAUGUUCCUGACGUCGGACAUUUCUUGA